AUGGUCCAACCGCCCUUCCCUGGAGUCAGAAGACUCAACAUCCAGAAGACGAGAAUGCUGUGGUCUAGAGACGUGAACGUGAAGUUUGGGAAACUUCUUUCAAACAUUGAAUUGACUUCCGACAGUGUGGUGGCUCGUUUUGACGAUGGCAGCUCGGAGAUUGGAAACGUUCUUGUAGGUGCGGAUGGAGGCAGCUCUUGGAUUCGACGCUGGAUGCUGGGAGACGGAGCUGCGUCGACCGUGCUGCCCUACACAUUCCUCAAUUUCCCCGUCCGGUACACUGCAGAGCAGGCACUCAAGAUGGACAAGAUGAUGCAUCCAAUUGUCGAUGUCGGAGUGCAUCCGAAGUCGAUGUACGUCGGCAUUUUCCUGCUCGACAAGCCUCACCUCGACAAGCCGGAAACGUGGAUUUUCUAUCUUCUGGCGACCUGGCCAAGGGACGACCAAGCAGAUACUUCUGAAAAUAUGAAUAUGGUCGACGAACUUCGUCGAAGAAUGGAUGGAUGGGCGGAGCCUUACAAGUCGGCCGUGGAAUGGAUUCCUUCCGAUGUCAGAGCCAAGGUGGUUCCUUUCAAGAUCUGGGCACCCAAAACCGACUGGGACAAUCAUGGUGGAAGGGUCACGUUGGCAGGCGAUGCUGCGCACAGCAUGACAUUUCAUCGGGGCCAAGGAGCCAACAAUGCGGUCUGCGACAGCGAGAGAUUUGUGAGGGCGAUGCUCAAGGUCAAGUCUGGUGAUAUGACUCUGGCUGAAGCGGUGGCAGAGUACGAUCAAGACGUGAUCACGCGGGGCAAACAAGAGGUCGAAGUGUCCAGGGUUCAGACUGAAGCCUUCCACGACUAUGACAACUUUUUGAACAGUCCGAUCAUGAAGCAUGGUAUAAAACCGAUCAGCGAGGACAGCAGUGGGAAGGCUUCGUGA